AUGACAGAACCUGCAGCAGUGGAAAUCUACAAGCACGACGCCACCAGCAUCUUGCCGGCGCUCGCGGCUCACUUGCCGCACUCUGCUACCGUCGUGCGGCGCAUCCAACACGGUCUCGCGUACCCUUCAUCUAGUGCUGAGAUCCUAGCUACGUUCGCCCCCGGUACCCCAGCCCCUGAGCAACAGCCGUGGCUGGCUGCGCGGGUGGAUCUCUUUCGCGGACGUGAGACCCAGAUGGUCGUCUAUUCCAGCCUCGAAGCGGAGCACACGUCAAAUCUGCCGAUCACAGGCUCUGAUCAUAUCGUGUCUGUGCUAGAUGCCAGCCCGUCGGCACUAGCGCAGGUCCGCGCCCAGCUACUAGCUCUGUUGACAUACAUCAAGACUCAUUUGCUCCCGUCGUACCUGUCAUUCAUGCAGGAAGCCAAGGAAAAGGAAGAUCUCCAGACUCACAAUGGCGUGCCUUUGAUCCCUGCGCCAGACCCACACGCUUUCCUCAUUGGUAGCCUGCAUACGGGUCUUUUUACGCUGCUCCAACGUGAGCCGAUUUACUCCGCGGACAACCCCCUGCCGGGGAUCAAGGUGCAUCGCUUCGAUAACCCUGCUUACUCGAAAUAUUCCUUCCCACAAGAGAUCUUCAGCUCAGGCAGCGACUCGGCUCUGCCUUCGGGGUACAGAUACCAGGACCGCCGUGGAAGGGUCGGCCUCCUCCCCGCGCACCUGGAUCUGGUCCAGAGUCGUACGCACAUCCCCCGCUCCAGCAAGAGUUUGUCUACCAUGCCCGGUGUGGCUGUCUAUCAUGAUCCUUCGUCGGCAUCAGAAACAAUAGUCGAUGAUCGUGACGAGAUGCCUAUUGCCUGGGCCUUCCUCGGCACGGACGGUGCGUUGGCUACUUUGCAUGUUGAGCCGGAGCAUCGCGGUCGGGGUCUUGCGUUGCGGUUGUCCAAGGAAGUGAUGCGACGCGGUAUGGCGCCGGGGGGACUCUUCGGGGCUGAUAGUGUUGAGAUUCCUGAUUAUCAAGAUCGGCUUGGUGGAUGGGUGCACACUGAGGUAGCGCAGUAUAACCACGCAAGUCGGCGUGUCAUGGAGAAGAUUGGAGGAAAGCCUUUCACUACAGUGACUUGGACUGUGAUUGAGUUGGUUGAUUGA